AUGGAGUUCAGGUUGCUCCUCUUCUCUCCCUCUGGCGAACCUCAAGCACGCAUAGAGCUGCCCUGGCCAGGACUAGGGGUCAGGGCUGUUGCCCCCUCCCCUGGCUUUUCACCUGGCGCUGAUCCUGGCUCCAUUGCCCACAGCAAUGCUAACAGCAGCAGCAGCACAGGCGGCGGUUCAGGUGCCCUGUCAGGUGCCACUUCAGGUGUCUCUUCAGGUGCUCUGGUGGCGGUGGGCUGUUCGGCCGACCGCCUGCUGCGAGUCUUCCGGGCGGGGGACAGGCGGCCUGUAGUGGAGCUGCCGCACGCGCCAGCUGUCAAAAUUCCACUGGCUGCUGCUGCUGUGGUGUACGAGGAAUGCCUUGGGGUGUCGGAAGCAGCCACCACCAUGGCACCUGGCCCCAUUCAGUGGAGUGCCAACGGGGAGUUUCUAGCCACGCGCUGCAAUGACAUCCCGACCGUCCUUUGGAUCUGGGCGGCGGUGCUGCGCUGUGCGGUGCUGUGUGGUGCUGCGAGGGGACCACAAUCGCUGCGCCAUUGCCUAUUCCCCCUGCCACACCCCACGCAUCCAUACAACCAACAGCCUCAAACCCCUCCUCUUCUCCCCCUUCCAGGCCUCAUACUGUGGAGUGCCAACGGGGAGUAUAUAGCCACGCGCUGUGAUGACAUCCCGACCGUCCUUUGGAUCUGGGCGGCGCGGCGCAAGUUUGAGCUGGCGGCGGUGCUGCUGCAGCUGCAGCCAAUCAGAGCGGCAGCCUGGCACCCGUCAGUUCCUUGCAUUGCAUUCUGCUCCGGUACACCACAUUUAUUUACGUGGAAGCCGGUUAAAUUAAGCGAUGGUGGAAGCAAGAAAAGGGUUGAUGGCGGUGGGAGCACGGAAGGGGUUGAUGGUGCUGGAGCAGCAGAGGCAGUAGUACAGAAGGAAAGGACGAGGCGUGAAACAGCAGACAUGGAUCCGCUAGACGAGCUUAUGAAACUGCAGGAGGAGUACGACAAACUCGAAUCCGUCUAUAACGCGGAUGUGUCCAAGGCUCUUAAGGCUUAUCAGCGAGCAUGCGACCCGCUCUUCGAGAGGCGGAAGCAAAUCGUGUGUGGCGAGUCAGAGCCUACAGAGGAGGAAGCGACAGCUGCAUACCCAGAGGAGGAAGAUGAGGAGGGAAUGGGAGAAGAGGAGGAGGGAGGAGGGGAGCAGCAGCAGGGAGGGAAGGUGGUGAAGGAGCCUAAAGGCGUGCCCAAGUUUUGGCUCACUGUCUUGAAGAAACAUGAUGCUGUAGCGGAGUUCAUUCACAAGCGGGAUGAGGAGGCAUUGGAGAGCCUAAGGGACGUGCGGGUUCGCUUUGUCAAAGCUGCUGGUGACAAUAGCGGGGGUGCCUCUGAUAAGGGCACAGGCGGUACAGUCACGCGGCUGGAACUACACUUCGGCCCCAACGCGUUUUUCUCUAACAAAUCGCUCUAUAUCGAGACUGUGGAGUGGAAGGGCGUUGAGAAAAAUCUGACUCUGCGACAGAUUGUGAAGGCUGGGAAGAAGGGAAAGGGAGGUAAGGGGAAGAAAGGAGCAGGUAGGGAAGCCGAGCCUCCCUCAACAGUCAAGACCAAGCCCUGCCCUUCCUUCUUCAACUUCUUCACUCUCUCGCGCAACAUGCGAGGGAAUAAAGCCACAGCCCAACACAGCAGCAAGGGGGGGAGGGGUAGAGGAGGGGACGGAGAGGAGGGAGACGAGGGAGAGGAGGGGGAUGAGGAGGAAGGGGAGGAGGGAGGAGAGGAGGGUUUGGAGGGUAUGCCUGUGUUUGGGGGGGAGGAUCUGGGGGAGGUGGUUCUGAAGGUGCCUCAGGAGCGGGUGUUAUCUGAUGGCAAGAUGGACGUCUGGCAGGCGCUGUGCAACGAGGUGGUACCCAGGGCAGCUGACCUGUUCACGAGCACGGGCUUUGGGGAGGGGGAGGGAGGCAUGGGUGGUGGUGAUGGUGAUGAUGAUGAUGCUGACGUGGCAAAUGAGGAGGGGUACGAGCACGUUCGGCGCCCACCUUCCGGACCUCAUCGGCUGGUUCGGCGCCGGAUCAGAGCGUUGAAGCACCUGCAGCAGAAGCAGCAGCAGGCAGAGCGGGCAAAGGAGGCGGCCAUUGCUGCUGCUCGCGCCUCUCUGAGUGAACGCUCUGCCGGCAUCUUUGCUCGGCGCAAGGCAGUGGUUAUUGGUUCCAAGGCCCUUCACAGCGGCGAUCCCUCUCUCGCCAGCCUUCCGCGCUUCUGGCUGCUCGUCUUGCGCUCCGUGCCCUGUCUGGUCGAAACCAUUCGCCGGCGCGACCACCCCCUCCUCGCACACCUCUCUGAUAUCCGCUGGAGGCCGCUUAAGGGGAGAGAGGGAGGAGAGGAGGGAGAAGAGGGAGAGGAGGAGGGGGGAGAGGGGGAGAGGGGAGGAGGUGGAGGGAAGGGUGAGAAGGCCGAGUGUGGGAAGGGAGAGUCCGGCUUUGUGAUAGAUUUCGAGUUCCUGCCCGGAUGCAAGGAAUGGAUGGCCAAUCGCGUGCUUUCAAAGGCGUAUUUUUUUCGUACCCGGGCAGGCACUGGUGGUGGUGGCGGCGGCGCCGGGGCAGGAGGUUCGGCGGGUGCCGAGGCUGGGGCGUUGGUUCGGGUGGAGUGUAGGACGCCGAUCGUGUGGGAGGAAGGGAUGGAGUUGACGCUGAAAGAGGUGCAGGACAGCAAAGGCCGGCUGCGAGUCAAGCCCUGCCCCAGCUUCUUCCAGCUGUUUGACAACAAUCGCUGCCACCUGGCAUUCGCUGGUGACGAGGCGGUCCACCUGUCGGCCUCUGAGUUGCUGGAGAGGGAGGCUGACGUGGCGAUGGCCCUGCGUGACGUGGCGAUCCCGCGUGCUGCUGAGCUGUACAGGCAGGCGAAGGAGUGGGAUCAUGGGGAUGAGGAGGAGGAGGAGGAGGAGGAGGAGGAGGAGGAGGAGGAAGAGGAAGAAGAGGAGUCAGGGGAGGAGGAUGAUUAUAACGGAGACAAGUUUGUCGCAGCCUUUUCUAGCCGCAACUGUCGUUCAAGCUCCCUUCUUCCAGCCGAGCUGUCGCAAACGUCGCUCACGUCGACGAUCAGCCCCUUUUCGGUGGGGAGCAUAUCGCACGGGCUGCGACGGGAUGAGGCUUACGAGGAGCGCAGACACAUGCCGCCUUCCGCGCAUGCACCCCCAUCCGCGCAUGCGCCUUCCGCCGCGCCCUCCGCGCAGGCACCCGCGCUAAUGCCCCUCCCGAACGGCGCGCUGUUCGGUUCCGCCGUGCCCCUGCAGCAGCAGCAGCAGCUUCUCCAGGCGCGCGACGGGGAGGGCGUGCAAGCGCAACUCCAUGCGCCGCAGCAGGGGCUGAAGGCGCCGCUUCAGGCGCCGCAGCAGGCGCCGCAGCAAGCGGGCCAGACCGGGGUUUUCAACGGUCACCAGACAGAAUCUCUAGGCACUGGCGCAAGCUCCACGGGGAACACCGCGGGCGCCGCCGCCCUGCCGCCGACCACUACUGCCAACUACACGACUCCAGCGGGCCGGUUGCGCGUUGGUUCACAUCUCCCCCUACUCGGCGGACGGUUCCGCUUCCGCGCAACGAUCUCGGAGGGCGGGUCUGCGCGCGUGUUCGAGGCGGUGGAUACCGCAGGCAGCUCCGCGGCUGGCGUAAGCGGAGGAGGCGCGCUCGGGGGAUUACCAACUGCGUCUGAUCUCCAACGGGGGUCGAAUCAGAACCAAAAUCGGAGUCAGCUACAGCCGACCGUUGUGAUAAAGGCCAUGCACCGGCAAUAUCGUGAGCUUCACGGGUCGCUCCUCGAUUACCUCUGUCGCCGGGCCGUCGAAGACGCCUCCGCGAAGCCCGCCGCAUCAGCCGCCGCGUCUCCCGGCGGCGCGUCCGCGUCGUGCACUUGCGCGGAAAGUCCCGCUGCGGAGGGCGCGCGGAGCGGGCCAGUUGCGCGCGCGCCUGCGUUCCCCGACAGAGUGGAGGACGUCCGCGCGGUUGCGCGCCAAGUGCUCACGGCGCUCGCGGCGGUCCAUUCGAUCGGGUUCAUCCACGGGGAUAUCAAGCCUGAAAAUAUCCUUCUCGCUGCGCCGAUUCCUAGCGGAACAGCUGCGGUUGCUGCAGGAGCGCCGGGUUCGGGGGGGCGGGUUUGCCCGGUGCAUUCGCCGCGGCCGGCGCCGCUGAAUAUCAAACUUGCUGAUUUUGGGAAUUCGUUUAUGCAGCGGCAGGUGAAGGAUUUGUGUCGGGAUUUUGAUGUUCAGACGCUCGCGUACCGGGCACCUGAAGUUUUGCUCGGGCUGCCCUUUGAUAAGAGUAUUGAUCUCUGGUCGCUGGGGUGUGUUCUUUCGGAGCUCGCGAUUGGCCGGUUGCUUUUCGUCUGCGAUUCGCCAUCGCAGCUGCUUCGCCAGAUGGUGGAGAUGCUCGGGUUACCGCCUCCCGCGAAGCUGUUUCGCAACGGAAAGCUCUUUCCGCAGCUGGCGAGGAGCGCGCGUGUGUACCCGUCGCAGCAGCUGGAGGAGAUCGCAGGAGAUGCGGAUGGCGAGGGCGGGAAGGCUGCGGGCGACGACGACUCAGCGGAGAAGAACCAUGCGACAAUUCGGCGUGGUCGACUUGGCCGAAUGCUCUUACAACACGAUCCUCUCAUGGCGGAGCUCAUAUUCUCCCUGAUGGAGUACGACCCAGCUAAACGCCCCUCUGCUCAGCAGGCGCUGCUGCAUCCUUUCAUCCAGACCUCCCAGAGCGCGCAGCCAUCUGCGCCUCCGCCCGUCCCCUCCUCCCCCGCUCCCUCCGCCUCCGUCCCCGCCUCCCCCGCGCUUCCCCCGAUCCCUGCCUUCACCGCACCCCGCACCGCGCCUCCAAUCAAACCCGAGCCCGUCUUCGAGCGCUCCGCCUCCUAUCCUCUCACGUCAGGCUCGGCAGGAGGUUCGGCAGCAACCGGGCCUGAACCCAUGGCUCUGGAUUCUAGGCCUGUGCCUGUGUUCUCCCUUGGGAACGGCAUUCAAGCCUCCAGUCCUGGUGCUUCUUCCCCUGCUACCUACGCUGCACCCAAUGCUGGCGCGAGUGGCGGCGCUGGUAACAACAUGAGCCGAUUCGGUCUUCAGGUGCAGGCGCAGGCACAUUGUGCAUCAGCAGCAGCAGCAGCAGCAGCAGCAGCAACUGCAGCAGCAGUAUCAGCAGCAACAGCAAUACCACCAGCAGCAGCAACAGCAGCAACAGCAGCAGCAGCAGCAACAGCAGCAACAGCAGCAACAGCAGCAGCAGCAGCAACAGCAGCAACUUCAGCAGCAGCAGCAGCAGCAGCAGCAGCAGCAGCAGCAGCAGCAGCAGCAGCAGCAGCAGCAGCAGCAGCAGCAGCAGCAGCAGCAGCAGCAGCAGCAGCAGCAGCAACAGCAACAGCAAUAUUAUCAUCAGCAGCAGCAGCAUCAGCAGUCAAUGGCCCCUCACCCUCCCACCUGCCAAGCUCCUGCCAGUCCCGUCAGCAGCGCCUCAACUGCUUUCCGCCCCGCACCCACUCCCGCCCUCCGCCCUGCCCCUGCGCCUGA